CCUUGAGGACACGAGUUUCGAUCCUUUAGUAUAAAAGUUAUUUUCUCUAAUUUUUUUUCAAUAGUUCACAUUUAGACACAGGGUAUUCGAGUUUUAUUGACAAUGAACUACUUUUUUCAAAAAUUUUCUCUUUUAUCAAUUUUUCUUUUGGGAUUAAAAUAUCAAAAUGUAUUGGCUCAAAAUAGAAUAAUUGGCGGAAGUCCAGCAUCAAUUGAAAGAUUUCCUCACAUGCUACGUCUUCAAGUCGGAAGAAAAACUGGCAAUUUAAUAAGUAGUUGUGGUGCUUCAAUUAUUGGCAGAGAAUGGGGACUUACAGCAGCUCAUUGUUUUGAUAAUCCAGAAACAGAUUACAAUAAAAUAAGUGUAGUUGCUGGUACUGCUGAUUUAAAAAAUAGGGCAAAAACUGCAAAACAACAUAAAGUGGUUAUGGUUAUUCGAAAUGAACAUUACAGACCUAAGGAAAAUAAUCGAAAAAUCGGAGGUGAUAUAGCUGUCUUUAAAGUCAGCCCACCUUUUGCUUACAAUAAUGCUAUUCAACCAGUGAAAUUGCCACAAAGAGGACAAACCUUAAAAACGGUUACAGCAACGAUUUCAGGAUGGGGUCAUACUAAACCAGGUGGACCAGGUUCCGAUAAAUUACUAGCUGUUACAGUACCAAAAGUAAACACAGCAAAUUGCAAAGCAAUAUACAAAAAGGGUAGCAUAACACUGAAAGAAGGAGAAAUUUGUUAUGGAUAUCACAAAGGCCAAGUAACACGUGAUAAGUGUCAAGGUGAUUCAGGUGGACCACUUGUUAAUUCGGAUAGAGUAGAACUCGGGUUAGUUUCAUGGGGUGUCGAGUGUGGAACGAAAGGAUAUCCUGGUGUUUAUACUGACGUUCUUUACUUCCGCGAUUGGAUAAGGCAAAGAACAGGAAUAUAAUUUAAAAAUUGUCAUUUUCAAUCUACAUUGAUAAAUCAUUUUGAAAACAAUGCGUCUACAGAGAAAAAAAUUGUAAUUUUAAAUUUUAAUUUGCA